UUUUUCUUUAACAUUCUCCCAUCUCUGGAGUCCUAGAACCUUUCCGAAAGCGUAUGCUUGUUUCCGCAGUCGAAAGGUAACGUUGUUGUCUGCUUCUUUAAGAAUCGUGCCAUCGGCGACGGCUGCGGCGACGGUGCUCUCUCACCGCCUGUUCUUUCAGUGUCCACCUUGCGGCAGCUAGAACGAGUAAGGAUUAAGAAACGAUAUGUUCAAGAAGGCAGCCGAAGCGAAGUUACACCAGAGAUUAUCUGGUGCAGACAGGAAGAAGCUGAAGAGGACUGUUAAAGGGAGGUUCCCCGGAGCUUCCGAUGCCGAUAUCGAUGUCUUGCUUCCUCCUAAGGUCGAGUUGUCUGUUGCCAAGUUCCAAAAUCGUGUCCACAUAUAUAGUCUAGAAGGAGGCUUUCCUAUGUUUUUCGACGUCGAUGGGAGAGGAACUGAAGUAUUCCCCACAGUUUUUGCACUCUGGAUGGUACCAGAGUUGUUGCCUGCAUUUGUAUUGAAGGGGGGUGAGGUCUCUCGCUUUGUAAUUGGAGGAGCAGACUUGAUGUUCCCUGGUAUUCAUGUACCUGCUGAAGGGCUGCCUUCAUUUUUAUCUGGGGAACCAUGGGCUGUGAAAGUCCCUGGCAAUCCAUCUCCUAUUGCUGUUGGUGUUACCACCAUGAGUAGCACUGAAGCAUUGAAAGCGGGUUUACGCGGAAAGGCUCUGAGAAUUCUACACUACUACAGGGACUCCCUUUGGGAAUCAGUGGAGGGUCAUUAUGUUCCGAAUGCAGGCUUUUUGGAAGAUGUCGUAUAUGGAGAUCCUGCUUUGGCAUCAUCUUCACAAACCGAUAACUCUUGUGAAGGUACUGAUGAAGCUUCAAAUAAUGAACAGAAUGACAUCAACAAUAAAGAAGUUGGGGGAUCUGUCAAUGAAACUACAAGUGAUGUUCUUGAUGAGCUUGGCACCCCUCUGACAGCACAGGCAGAUUCAAGUACUGAUAAAAUCGUUUCUGGUAUGAGUGAUUUGAACGUUGUAAAUGAUAUUCCCCCCGAGGAAUCAAAUGUGCAACAUACUCUAUCAACUGAAGAUGUGGAUAUGCUUCUGGAUAAAUGUCUCCUUCAAGCCUUGCAUACAACAGUGAAAGACAAAGAUUUUCCACUUCCUGGGAGCACUCUAUGGUCAAAUCAUGUAUUGCCUUGUCGGCCUCCCGGCAUGACGCUAGACAUCAAGAAAUCAUCCUACAAGAAAUUGUCAAAGUGGUUGCAAGCUAAAUCCUCCACUGGACUGAUUACAGUGAAGGAAGACAAACAUAAAAAAGAGACUGUUUUGUACUCUGUUAACCGUAAGCAUCCAGACUACACAUCCUUUAAACCAGAGAAGCCUCAGGUAGAGAAAAUUGAUCAGAUCGACAAUCAUGCUCCAAAAGAAAGUUCAUCCAAUAAAAUGCUUGAAGUAACAGAGAUAUACAAGCCAAGUGUGCAUGUCAAUCCCAUUUUUGUUGCUGUGGGGGCGGACACUAGCAAACUUUACACUGCAGCGGAGGCCUCUGAUAUUGUCUUUAAAUACGUUGAGAAAGAGAAGUUGGACAAACCAACAGAGAAGUUCAAAGUGGUCUUGGAUGCAAUAUUAUGUGAUGCACUUUUCAAGGGGGCCAUUAAAAAAGGAACAACAUAUCCAACAGAAAUUCAUAAAAAAGAUAUAGGCUCAACAUUUAUCAGCCGGAUGCAACCCCAUCAUGUUGUGACAAGAGGAAGUGAGUCUGUUGUUCGCAAGGGUGCAUUAAAAACCAUUCAAAUAAUGACAGAGCGACGUCAAGGAAAUAAGAAAGUUACAAGACUUUCUGGAUUGGAAACAUUCUUGUUGGAUGCUGAAGCAUUGGCAUCAGAACUUCAGAAAAAGUGUGCUUGCAGUACAACGGUGGCAGAGUUGCCUGGUAAAAAAGGGUAUGAAGUUUUGGUCCAAGGUGGAGUCAUUGAUGACUUGGCAAGACAUCUGGUUGAACAAUAUGGGAUUCCAAAAAAGUACAUUGAGGUACUUGAUAAAACAAGGAAAUGAGAGGCCAGAGCUGGUAUAUAUUUACAGGUAACUUCCCAACCCCGGGCUGCUUAUGAUAUCAAGGAACAAUCUGCUAAUACCAGCGGCCGCAUCAUGCAAGUAAAGGCCUGAAUCAAAGAUAUGAUAGAAGUUACUGAUGAUGAGGUAUCAAAAUUUGAUUCAUGCAACGAAGCGAAUAUUCCUCAUUUGUGUCUUUAGGCUGGAAAAUUGGUUGCAAGUUUCACGGACACUGAGUGUUUUGGUUCAUCCUGUUGUGUUUUUGGCCGUGUUAAAGAAAAUGUUUUUAGGACAAACCAAACAUGUUUUUGCCAAACAUUUGAGAGAUUUGCUUACACUUAUGAGUUCAUCAUAUCCGUUAUUCUACUAUCUCCAGAAGUGUUAUUUCAAUGGUCUUGUUAUUCUAUCC